AUGUCGAGAUCGCCUUCCCCAAAGCCCGGGGGAUGGUCGAGUCCGGGCCUGAGCACGCCGUACGAUGGCGCCGGCCCAACCGGUCCCUAUGCGAACGGCUCCUCCUCACACAAUGUCACCUGGGCGUCGGCGCAGGCACGGAGCGCUGAAGUCAAGGGCUACCCAGGCUUCACCCCAAGGAACCAAGGCUUCUUCGGCAAGCACUUCCGCAAGAUAUCCAGCAGCCUGCCCUUUAACCACGGCGAAAAGGAGAAACUCGGCAGAGGCCGGAAUCAGAACAAAGUCAUGCGAUUUCUCAAUGGCAUAGCCAUGACCCUGUGGCGUCUGAGGAAACGCGUCCUCAUGCUGCUGCUCGUAGUAUUCCUCUUCAUCACCUGGAAUAUCAACACACCCAUGCACCGAAUGCUCAGACGGUCCUCGUGGUUUGGCGGCGGCAGCAAAUACGUCAUCAUUCUUGCAGCAAAUCAAGGUGGAGGUGUCAUGGAGUGGAAGGGACCUCGUGAGUGGGCCAUUGAGCGGGACAGUGUCAAGAACAAGAAGAAGUACGCCAAGAACUGGGGCUACGAAUUGGAGAUUGUAGACAUGAGCACCAAGAAGCGCUAUGCGCACGAGUGGAGGGAAAGCUGGGAGAAGGUCGACACGAUUCGCAACGCCAUGCGCAAAUACCCGCACGCUGAAUGGUUCUGGUGGUUGGACACAAACACCUUCAUCAUGGAGCCAAGCUACUCUCUGCAGAAACAUGUUUUCAAGCAGCUACAAGACGUGACAUACCGCGACAUCAACGUGUACAACCCCCUCAAUAUCACACACCCUCUUACAGAUGAGUACCUCGACCCGGAAACGCGCUCGCCGGUAGGAGACGGCAGGGUUGAAUCGGUCAACAUGCUGGUACCUCAGGACUGUGGUGGCUUCAAUUUGGGCUCGUUCAUGGUCCGGAGAAGUGUGUGGACGGAUAGACUGCUUGACAUCUGGUGGGACCCCGUCGCCUACGAGCAAAAGCACAUGGAGUGGGAACACAAGGAGCAGGAUGCUUUUGAAUACAUGUACAAGAACCAGCCCUGGAUUCGGCCGCACGUCGCCUUCAUCCAACAACGCCAAAUCAUGAGUUUCCCACCGGGCGCCUGCGGUGACAAGGGCGACAACCCUGACAUCCACUACUCGGAGAAAGAGCGGGACUUCUUGGUUAACAUGGCUGGCUGUGAGUGGGGCCGCGAUUGCUGGGCUGAGAUGUACAAGUACCGCCAGCUUAGCAACCACCUUAACCGAAACCCGUGGGAGAAAUUCAAGGACGGCAUUUCAGACCUCUUCAAGAAGAAGAAGAAAGCCAAAAAGGACGAGAAGAAGAAGGAUGAAAAGAAGAACUAG